AUGAUAAAUGCGGGGAAGGGAAGGGAGGCGAUGGACCUGUUUGUUAAGAAAUUUAGGGAUGAUAAAAUCGACGUAGGAUUAGUACAAGAAGGGUAUCACGGAGGAAUCAAGGUAGAAGGGUACAAUACAUAUAGAAGCAGAAAUGGAAAAGUUGAUAUAUUAAUAAAAAGUACAGGAAUUAUAUAUAGAAUGAAUGAGAAAUGGAUCGGAAAAAGUGGGGUUAUGAUAUGCUUGGACGGGGGAGGCACAAAAAUAUGGGUUCUGAACAUUUUUGACGAGCCGCAAAGGACAGAAAGGGAAAGGGAAAGUAAAUGGGACCAGGAGGUGAGAAAGAUAAUAGGAAAGGAAGGAAUACAUAUCAUAGCGGGGGAUCUGAAUGCAAAAAAUGAGACAUGGUGUGAGAUGGUUAAUAAUGCAAGGGGGAGAAGACUACAGGAUUGGAUAAUAGAAAAUGGAUACAACAUAGUAGAAAGUGAAGGAGGUGAGCCAACUUUCAAGAAUGCGAUGGAAGAAAGCUGGAUAGACCUAGUGAUAGCAAGAGGCACGGAAAUAGGAAAACUGAGGGUGUUACAGGAAGAAACCCUCAGCGACCACGAAUAUCUGAAAUGGGAAGUAAUGACUGACACAGAAAAGAAGAAGAAAAAGCAAUACUGGGAUGUAAAGAGAGCAAAUUGGGAAGAAUUCAGAAAAGAAAUUAGAAAAUGGAUAGAUAAUGAAGAAGAACAAUUGACAGAAAGAGUGAAACAAAUGCAAACUUGGACAGUAAGAGCGUGCAAGAAAGCUUUAAAAAUCAAGAAAGAUAAUAAGGAAAGACAGGAAUGGUGGAAUGCACAAUUAGAGGAGAGAAGGAGAAGAACGAGAAAUAAAAGAAGAGAGUAUCAAAACGAAAGAGAGAGGACACAAAGAGAGGUGAAGAAAAGAGAAUUCCUAACAGAACUCAAAGGAUUUAGAAAAGAGAUAAAAGAAGCUAAACUGAAACAAAUUGAAAAAGAACUAGAGGAAUUUAAAGAAGAUCCAUGGGGGAAAGCUUACAAAUUAGUAAAGAAAAAUAGGAAAGCAAUAAUAGAAAUAGAAACGGGGGACGAGGAGGAAUCGAAAGAAGACAGAGAAAAAGGGUUAGUGAAGAAAUACUUCCCAAAGAGAGUGAUUAAAGAAGAUUACCUAAUUAGAGAAACAGAAGAAAGCACAGAAAAUAGAAAGUUCACGAGAAAUGAAAUGAAAAGAGUAAUCAAGAAUAUGAAAAAGGGUAAAGCAACAGGGGAGGAUCGUAUUCCAAAUGAAUGCCUGGAAAUAUUAGAGGAGGAGAAGGGAAUGUUUAAAUAUUUACAACAGAUGUAA